AUGAUUUUGCUGAUUUUUUCUGUUUGCAUUUUUAGUUGCAAAGCUAAGAGAGGAGGAGGAAGUGGAGGAAGUUCAAGCACUGGAGAAUCAACUCUUUCAAAUGAGUCAAGUCUGGUAGACGCGAUAGCCUUCACACCUCGAGAACUCUUCAUUGGCCUUGGAAUACUUGUCGCUGUUUUCUGGAUUUAUGUUAUUUCUCGGAACAUAUCACGAAUUCCGAAGAAAACAAAAAUGCCUUGCGAUUUUAAUCAUAUAAACGACCCAAUAAAGCGACAACAAGAAAUCAGAUAUGUCUUGACACAGUCGAAAAUACUGCUUGAAGAUCGGAAGUCCGAGCACCGUCAAAUCAUUCGCCGGCUUUGGGGCGAUAAAGAUUUACUUGACAAAUCGUUUAUGGAUUUUUAUGAAAAAUAA